AAUGCUGACGUACAGUUCAAAGAGCGAGCAAAAGCGCUUGUCUGCUGAAUACAACGCGAAAUUCACACAAUUGCGCUCAGAACGUGAGAGCUAUAGAGGACGCAAGAAGGAUCUGGAAGAACGGAGUGCGAUAUCACGCAGCCAGAUAAAAGCAAAGCAGCGCGACCUUAGUGACCUCGAGAACGCUACAUCCGAGUACGCGUCGGUCGAAGCCGACAUCGAGGAAGCGCAGCACCGUAUCGACCGUGUCAAGAAGACUAUCAGGGAGGCGAAGUUCGACGAGCGUAUGAACGAGAAGACGGCCCAGAGAAAAGAGCAUGAUGUACACCACAGCGCUCUCCAGACUGAACUCGCAAGCCUUGCGAGGCAAUCAUCUGAACAAGGCGAAUUAAAGGUCAAGCGUGAGCAACAGCAGCGCAAGGAGACUGAGCUCAAGAAAGCGUACGUCGCACUAUAAUUCCA